CAUAAAAAUAUUGUCAUAUGUGUAAUGUUUGAUUACACAAUGAAAAAAGGGGAAAUGUUUGACAAACAAACAACAACAAGUGGACCAGUACUGGACUACUAUACCACACUUGGGUGCACGUUGGACCUAAAAACACUAUGUUGGUCAAAAACAGCUACAAGAUGGCAUUAAAAAGUUAUAAAUGCCAAUUCAGAAAUAUAAAUACUGAAUUCAGAUGUUGACUGACGAUAUUAUUGGACUGAUUGGUAAUGACAACAGUAUCAAUUUGAUUAGAAUGAAUGGAAAUCAGAUAGAAAGACGUCUCGACUCGUGGUCGCCUAUGUAUUUGUGACCCUACAUUACCCUCUGCUGGACACUGCGGCCAUGCACAACCCACUGCUCUCACCUAACCGGAAAUAUGGUGCAGGCUCACUUCCUGUUUCACACUGAGGACGAAUAUCAGGAUGUGAGCAGCGAGAAUAUAGCCACAGUGUGAAUAAUAAUCUGCUGUUCAUUCAGUUAUAUAUAUAUAUAUACAUUAAUUAUGAAUAAAAUGAAAGACGUCUGACUGAAUGAAAGAGCGGUGGUGACGUCACUCCGUCCUACGACUCUUCACUGCAGGUGCAGCCAUGCCCUCCUCUCUGUUGUGGGCUGUGGACGUACAUGGGCGGGUCUACAGCCUGUCCACGGUGGGCCAGCAGUGGGAGCUGUGCCGUGAUGCCCACUUGGAGUUUAAGAGAGUGACAGCGGCCCAGCAGUGCUGCUGGGGCAUCGGUUGUGACAACAGCAUCUACCUGAACGUCCACGCCUCAGACGUGCCCGUUCGUUAUAAGGAGGAGAGCUACGAGAACCAGCGCUGGAAUCCUGUUGACGGUUUCUCGGAGCGUUUGCUUCCGAGCGACCGUUGGCAGUGGAGCGAUGUCACAGGUCUGCAGCAUCAGCCUCUGGAUGGUUUCCAGCUUCCCUCCAGCAGCUGGGAGUGGGAGGGAGACUGGUACGUGGACGAGAACUUUGAGGGAGAACCUACAGAGAAAGGGGGAUGGACCUACGCCGUGGACUUCCCAGCCACCUACACCAAAGACAAGAAGUGGAACUCCUGUGUACGUCGAAGGCGCUGGCUGAGAUACAGGAGAUACCAGGCCAUGGACUCCUGGGCCAAAAUCCCCUCCCAGCAGACCACUCUACCUGAUCCGUUCAGCGACAUCAGCUGUGGAGGCUGGGAGGUCAGCGAGGAGCCCAGAGGUCGUCUGUCUCUGUGGGCUGUGUCUCUGCAGGGGAAGGUCUGGUACAGAGAAGGAAUCCAGCACCACAGUCCUGAAGGCUCGGUGUGGGAGGAGGUUCCUCUGCCUGGUGAAGUGGUCCAGAUCAGCUGUGGGCCCGGGGACCUGCUGUGGGCCGUGCUGUGGGAGGGGCAGCUGAUCGUCAGGGAGGGGAUUGGUCGAGACUGUCCUAAAGGAACGUCGUGGACUGUGGUGGAUUCUCCAAGUCCUGAUGUCGGGGCCAUACACGUGAGUGUGGGAGUUAAUGUGGUCUGGGCCGUGACCAAAGACAACAAGGUUUGGUUCAGACGUGGUGUGAACUCCCACAAUCCCUGUGGUUCUGGUUGGAUCAGCAUGGUUGGAGAGAUGAUCAUGGUCAAUGUGGGACUCAAUGAUCAGGUGUGGGGUAUCAGCUGUGAGGACAGAGCUGUGUCCUUCAGACAGGGAGUGACGUCCAGUGAACUGAGUGGAAAAACCUGGAAGAUCAUCAGCCUUCCCAGAGAUGGAGAGCGAUCUCACUCCAGUGCCAGCAGUCAUCAGAGCGCUGGUUGUUUCUUCAGUGGUGAAGCUCGUGGUCAGUCUGUGGUCAGUGAUGUGGAAUCAGACACAGAGAAAGGAGCCACAUCUGAUAACCCAGAACCCUUUUCUGCUUCUGUGGACCAGACAUUUGACCCCCCUAAAUCCCGCAUUCCUAAAGUCACCAGCGACAGCUUCAUCUCCGAGCUGGUCUCUGAUCGAGAGCCGUCAAAGAACAUCAGAGAUGUGACACCUGCAGUCCUGGAGGAGGAGGAGUUCACGGCUCCCUCUGCUGGUGGUGCCACUCCGUCUCCUUUAGACCCUCAGUGGAGUAACGUGGACCUGGAGGAGGCGCAGGUCCAGCAGCCUCAGCCGGGACCAGCACUGGAGUCUUCUGAUACCUGCAGUCUGUCUUCAGUGGCUACGUACACACUGGCUCUGGAGGACUCCUAUGUUGCAGAUGAGCGCCCCCUGUGGGCAUGGAUGAGCGGGGGAGGCUGUAAUGUGGACAGUCACUCCCAAAUCAGCUGGUUUAACUGCUCCAUCAACACAUCCACUUUGGUACAGUCAGUCCAGUCCAUGACUCUGUCUGUGACCCCGGCACAGACGGCAGCCUGGAGGAGACAAAUCCUGGAGCAGCUGGGUGAGCGGUCCAAGAGGGAGAUGGACAAUUUUAAACACUAUGAACAGGCCGUAGAACAGUCAGUGUGGGUAAAGAAAGGGUCCAUGCAGUGGUGGAGAGACUGGAAACCAAACAAAUGGGUGGACGUUCAGUUUGCUUUGGAGCAGUUCUCAGGACCAGAGGGUCACAAGGACGGAAUCCUCUUUGUUUAUUACAACUUCUACGAGGAGAAGAAGUACCUUCAUGCCUUCAUCAACGAAAUCACCAUCCUGGUUCCUGUGCUGAACGAAGCCAAACACACGUUUGCCAUCUACACUCCUCAGAGAACUCAGCAGAGGUGGCCAAUCAGAUUAGCAGCAGCCACGGAGCUGGAAAUGCACGACUGGCUGGCCUUGCUCAGUGUGUCCUGCUGCGACUCCAGGGGAAUCCAGGGACCUCCCUCCAAACAGGCCAUCUGGUCCAUCACCUGUAAAGGAGACAUCUUUGUCAGUGAACCCUCUCCUGCUCUGGAGGCCACACCUUACCCGACACCAUGUGACCAGAUGUACUGGCGACAGGUUGGAGGUCACCUCCGACUGGUGGAGUGUAACAACACCGGAGUCGUGUGGGGAAUCGGCUACGACCACACAGCCUGGGUCUACACCGGAGGCUAUGGAGGAGGUUUCUUCCAGGGUCUGUCCAGCAGCACCGACAACAUUUACACCCAGACUGACGUCAAGAACGUCUAUAUCUACGAGAACCAGAGGUGGAACCCAGUCACUGGAUACACCAGCAGAGGUUUGCCUACAGAUCGCUACAUGUGGAGCGACGCUUCAGGUUUACACGAGCGGACAAAGACCAGCACCAAACCGCCCUCUCCCCAGUGGACAUGGGUGUCUGACUGGGCCGUGGACUACGGUGUCUCUGAAGGGACAGACAGAGAGGGUUGGCAGUACGCAGCUGACUUUCCAGCGUCGUAUCAUGGCUAUAAAACCAUGAAGGACUUUGUCCGUCGCCGACGUUGGGUCAGGAAGUGUAAGCUGACCACCACAGGACCAUGGCAGGAAGUCCCGCCCAUUGCUUUGAGUGAUGUGACAAUCUUGUCAUGUUCCGCCGAAGGCAGUGUGGACGUGGUUCCUCUGUGGGCCAUCAGUAACAAGGGUGACGUACUGUGUCGACUGGGCGUCACUGCACUGACUCCUGCUGGAACCUCCUGGCUCCACGUAGGAACUGACCAGGCUUUCAAGUCCAUCUCCAUCGGUUCUACCAGUCAAGUGUGGGCCAUCGCCAAGGAUGGUUCUGCCUUUUACAGAGGUUCUGUAUCGGCCCAAAGACCUGCAGGAGACUGUUGGUACCACAUCCCAUCUCCAGCCAAACAGAAGCUGAAGCAGGUUUCCGUUGGAUUGACCUCAGUCUACGCUGUAGAUGAGAACGAAAACCUGUGGUACAGACAGAGAGUGACUCCUAGCUACCCCCAGGGCUCCUCCUGGGAGCACAUCUCCAAUAAUGUCCGGAAGGUUUCAGUGGGACCUCUGGACCAGGUGUGGAUCAUAGCAGACAAGGUUCAGGGCAGCCAAGGUCUGAGCCGUGGGACAGUGUGUCAUCGACUCGGUGUCCAGACAGUGACACCUAAAGGACAGUCAUGGGACUACGGCAUCGGGGGAGGCUGGGAUCACAUCACAGUGAGAGGAAACUCCAUGGAGCCAACUCGACUUCCUUCCCUAACAAGCACUCCUAUCCCUGCUCUUUGGAGCCCCCUGCUGGACAUAAACGCAGAGGCCAACAGCAGUGCCACGUGACGUUGAACUUCACACACAAAGAUAUUGUCUAUAGAACCACUAUAACAAAAUAAGGUCACAGUAGCAGCAGUGACGUCAUUAAUACAUUUUUAGGUCAGAAAACCUGGGACAUUUCUGUGAACAUCAUUCCAUGACAUUUCCUUCGUCUCAGACUCUGAUCACUGCUGUUUUCUAGAGGUAUUUUUCUUCAUUUGUUUACAUUUGUCAGAACUCUGGUUGCUUAAAACUGCGACACUCAUUCACUUUGGCAGACUGCCUUGUAGUCAUUGUAAAUGACUACAAGGACCAGCACUGUAGCCCCCCCUGGUACAAAAACUGCCAUGGUGUCAUAUCUGUCACAACACAGAAAGAGCCAGUGAUGUCAUACGACCGAUCAUUGUCCACUUUUACAUCUAGGUGUAGCUGGAACCUGAGCUCCAGAAACUGCAGCCAACACUUGGGUUCAAUGGGAUCUAACCCAAUAUUUGCAGAAGUCAAACUUGAAUAUAUUUAAAUUGUUUAGGUGAGGAAACCACUGUGUGUCAUGGCAGCUUGAAGAAAGAAAGGUUUUCUGUUAGGCUCUGCGGUAGUCCUGUCUUCAGUCUCGUGGCUGCUCCAUCAGCAGACCUCUAUCUGCUACAGUCGCUUCCUGUACCUGUCGUGCUGCUGCUUGGCUCAUUUGGUUUGCUUUUUUCCUUUUUUUAGAGAACUUAAUAUACCUUUAGAUGAUAAUAUUGUUGCUUUAAUGGUAUAGGUGCAAUCUUAUUGGUGUAAAUGAGGCCUGCAGUGUUUGUGUGGUGGAGGUUUAUGGUUCAAACGUCCUCCUGAAAACCCAAACUAAACCUUCCUCUUUCUCAGGAGUUUCCAUCAUGGUGUUGUUGUCCAGUGUUUGUCGUCCAAUAACUGAGCAGUGUGAAAAAGAAAAACAAGAAUAAACACUGGCUCUGUGGUGAAUCU